GUUUAAUUCCAUAGUUCAUCCUCGAUUGAUCUUUCCCGAUGGAUAUGCGAUACCAGUUCUCCCCAUCCGAGGUCAAGAAAGUUCGCCGAGUUCAGUUUGGCAUACUAAGUCCUGAUGAAAUUAGGCAAAUGUCAGUGGUGCAGGUCGAGCAUAGUGAGACGACUGAGAAGGGGAAGCCAAAGCCUGGUGGCUUGAGUGACCCUCGACUUGGUACUAUAGACAGGAAGGUGAAGUGUGAGACUUGUAAUGCUAACAUGGCGGAGUGUUCUGGGCAUUUUGGGCACCUUGAGCUUGCUAAGCCAAUGUUUCAUAUUGGAUUCAUGAAGACUGUACUUAGUAUCAUGCGCUGUGUUUGCUUCAAUUGUUCAAAAAUACUCGUCGAUGAGGAUGAUCACAAGUUUAAGCAAGCUCUUCGAAUUAAAAAUCCAAAACAUAGAAUGAAGAAGAUUAUGGAUGCAUGUAAGAACAAAGCUAAAUGUGAUGGUGGUGAUGAUAUAGUUGAGGGUCAAGCUUCUGAAGAACCAGUAAAGAAGAGUCGGGGUGGCUGUGGUGCCCAACAGCCAAAGCUCACCAUUGAAGGUAUGAAAAUGGUUGCAGAAUACAAGACUCAAAGGAAGAAAAAUGAUGACCAGGAUCAGCUUCCUGAACCUGUCGAAAGAAAACAACAGCUUUCUGCAGAAAGGGUUCUAAGUGUUCUGAAGAGGAUAAGUGAUGAAGACUCGGUAAAAUUAGGUCUAAAUCCUGAAUAUGCUCGCCCAGAUUGGAUGAUUCUACAAGUCCUUCCAAUUCCUCCUCCUCCUGUGAGACCUUCGGUCAUGAUGGAUACUUCGUCCAGGAGUGAGGAUGAUUUGACCCAUCAGUUGGCGAUGAUCAUUAGACACAAUGAGAAUCUGAGGCGACAGGAGAGAAAUGGGGCUCCUGCACACAUCAUCUCAGAAUUUGCACAGUUACUGCAAUUUCACAUAGCAACAUAUUUUGAUAAUGAGCUUCCGGGUCAGCCGAGGGCUACUCAGCGGUCUGGGCGGCCUAUAAAAUCGGUAUGUAGCAGACUUAAGGCUAAGGAAGGUCGAAUUAGAGGUAACUUGAUGGGAAAACGAGUAGAUUUUUCAGCACGGACCGUCAUCACACCUGAUCCAACCAUUAACAUUGAUGAGCUGGGGGUGCCAUGGAGCAUUGCUUUAAACUUAACGUACCCAGAAACUGUGACUCCAUAUAACAUUGAAAGGCUGAAGGAACUUGUUGAAUUUGGACCUCAUCCUCCACCUGGAAAAACCGGUGCCAAGUAUAUCAUUAGAGAAGAUGGACAGAGGUUAGAUCUACGGUACUUGAAGAAAAGUAGUGAUCACCAUCUAGAGCUUGGUUACAAGGCAAGUAGUUGCUUUUGUAUAGACUGUCUUGAUCUCUUCUUGGAUCUUUCAUGUUCUCUGAACUUUAAAACAUUUCGGUUUCAGGUUGAGCGGCACCUACAGGAUGGAGAUUAUGUGCUCUUUAAUCGACAACCUAGUCUCCAUAAAAUGUCUAUAAUGGGACACAGAAUCAAGAUUAUGCCAUACUCAACUUUUCGCUUGAAUUUGUCAGUGACUACCCCGUAUAAUGCUGAUUUUGAUGGAGAUGAAAUGAAUAUGCAUGUUCCUCAGUCAUUUGAAACCAGGGCAGAGGUAUUGGAGCUCAUGAUGGUACCUAAAUGCAUUGUGUCGCCUCAAGCAAAUAGGCCUGUUAUGGGAAUUGUCCAGGAUACACUGUUAGGAUGCCGUAAGAUAACCAGAAGAGAUACAUUCAUUGAGAAGGAUGUUUUUAUGAACAUUUUGAUGUGGUGGGAGGGUUUUGAUGGGAAGAUACCUGCUCCGGCAAUUUUGAAGCCUAAACCUCUUUGGACAGGAAAGCAAGUGUUUAAUCUUAUCAUUCCAAAGCAGAUAAAUCUCUUGAGGACAGCUGCAUGGCACUUGGAGUCUGAAACAGGAUUUAUAACUCCAUGUGAUACUCAAGUUAGAAUAGAGAAAGGGGAGCUUCUUUCAGGCAUUCUUUGUAAAAAGACACUUGGAACAUCUACUGGAAGUCUUAUUCAUGUUAUCUGGGAAGAGGUUGGUCCAGAUGCGGCCCGCAAAUUUUUGGGACAUACUCAGUGGCUCGUUAACUAUUGGCUUUUGCAGAAUGGUUUUAGUAUUGGAAUUGGAGACACAAUUGCUGAUGCGGCAACUAUGGAAAAAAUCAAUGAAACAAUUUCUAAAGCAAAGAGUGAAGUGAAAGAACUUAUCAAGGCUGCUCAGGAAAGGCAGCUGGAGGCUGAACCUGGUCGAACAAUGAUGGAAUCAUUUGAAAACAGAGUGAACCAGGUGUUGAAUAAAGCUCGUGAUGAUGCUGGGAGUAGUGCCCAGAAGAGCUUGUCUGAGAGUAACAAUCUCAAGGCAAUGGUUACUGCAGGGUCAAAAGGAAGUUUCAUCAAUAUUUCACAAAUGACUGCUUGUGUCGGACAACAGAAUGUUGAAGGUAAGAGGAUUCCAUUUGGGUUCAUAGGCAGAACAUUACCUCAUUUCACCAAGGAUGACUAUGGGCCUGAAAGUCGUGGCUUUGUGGAAAACUCGUAUCUGCGUGGGUUGACUCCACAGGAAUUCUUUUUCCAUGCUAUGGGUGGUAGGGAAGGUUUGAUUGAUACUGCAGUCAAGACUUCUGAAACAGGGUACAUCCAGAGGCGACUUGUGAAGGCUAUGGAGGAUAUAAUGGUCAAAUAUGAUGGGACAGUCAGGAACUCAUUGGGGGAUGUUAUUCAGUUUCUUUAUGGAGAGGAUGGUAUGGAUGCUGUUUGGAUCGAAUCGCAGAAGUUGGACUCCUUAAAAAUGAAGAAGUCAGAGUUUAAUAAUGUUUUCAAAUAUGAGAUUGAUGAUGAAAACUGGAACCCCAGUUAUAUGUUACCAGAACAUGUUGAAGAUUUGAAAACCAUUAGGGAGUUUCGCAAUGUCUUUGAUGCAGAAGUUCAGAAACUGGAAGCGGAUAGAUACCAGCUUGGAACAGAGAUUACCACCACAGGUGAUAACUCCUGGCCUAUGCCUGUGAACCUCAAGAGGCUAAUUUGGAAUGCACAGAAAACUUUUAAGAUUGACUUGCGAAGACCAUCUGAUAUGCAUCCAAUGGAGAUUGUGGAGGCCGUUGAUAAACUUCAGGAGAGGCUGAAGGUUGUCCCGGGUGAUGAUUUUCUGAGUAUGGAAGCCCAGAAAAAUGCCACCCUUUUUUUUAACAUAUUGCUUCGUAGUACAUUUGCCAGCAAAAGGGUAUUGAAAGAAUACAGGCUUACGCGUGAAGCAUUUGAGUGGGUUAUUGGUGAGAUAGAAUCUCGUUUUUUACAGUCACUAGUUGCCCCUGGAGAAAUGAUUGGGUGCGUUGCUGCUCAAUCCAUUGGUGAGCCUGCUACCCAGAUGACUCUGAACACCUUCCACUAUGCUGGAGUCAGUGCUAAGAAUGUCACUCUGGGUGUUCCCAGGCUGAGGGAAAUUAUUAAUGUUGCUAAGAAAAUCAAAACCCCUUCACUGUCUGUUUAUCUGAAGUCUGAAGUGAGUAAGACUAAAGAGAAGGCCAAGAAUGUCCAAUGUGCUCUGGAAUAUACUACUUUACGGAGUGUUACCCAAGCUACUGAAGUUUGGUAUGAUCCGGACCCAAUGAGCACCAUAAUCGAAGAGGAUGUUGAUUUUGUCAAAUCAUACUAUGAAAUGCCAGAUGAAGAGGUCGCCCCUGAGAAAAUUUCACCAUGGCUUCUUCGGAUAGAGUUAAAUCGUGAGAUGAUGGUGGAUAAAAAGUUGAGUAUGGCUGACAUAGCAGAGAAGAUCAACCUUGAAUUUGAUGACGAUUUAACCUGUAUAUUUAAUGAUGACAAUGCUGAGAAGCUGAUUCUCCGCAUCCGCAUCAUGAAUGCUGAGGCUCCGAAGGGUGAAUUGCAGGAUGAAUCUGCCGAGGAUGACGUUUUCCUUAAAAAGAUUGAGAGUAACAUGCUGACUGAAAUGGCCCUUCGAGGCAUCCCAGAUAUUAAUAAAGUUUUUAUCAAGUCAGGAAAGAUAAAUAAAUAUGAUGAAAAUGAAGGGUUUAAGCCGGAAGUUGAAUGGAUGCUGGAUACUGAAGGCGUCAAUCUUCUAGCUGUUAUGUGUCAUGAGGAUGUUGAUGCCACAAGGACAACAAGUAAUCACUUAAUUGAAGUGAUUGAAGUUCUGGGAAUCGAGGCUGUUCGUCGAGCACUGCUAGAUGAGUUGCGAGUUGUCAUCUCUUUUGAUGGAUCUUAUGUGAAUUAUAGGCAUCUGGCCAUCCUCUGUGAUACCAUGACUUAUCGGGGUCACUUGAUGGCCAUUACUCGUCAUGGUAUUAAUCGGAAUGAUACUGGACCAAUGAUGAGAUGCUCAUUCGAGGAAACUGUGGACAUUCUUCUUGAUGCUGCUGUUUAUGCUGAAACAGAUCAUCUCAGGGGUGUUACUGAAAAUAUUAUGCUAGGUCAACUUGCUCCAAUUGGCACUGGUGAUUGUGCCUUGUAUCUGAAUGACCAGAUGCUGCAGCAAGCCAUUGAACUCCAUCUCCCGAGUUAUAUGGAAGGUCUAAAUUUUGGCAUGACACCUUCCCAUUCACCGAUUACAGGAACUCCCUAUAACGAGGGCAUGAUGUCACCUAGUUAUUUGCUGAGCCCAAAUAUACGUUCUUCGCCUAUAACAGAUGCUCAGUUUUCUCCUUAUGUUGGUGGAAUGGCCUUCUCACCUACUUCAUCCCCAGGCUACAGUCCAUCUUCUUCUGGAUACAGCCCCACCUCUCCUGGUUAUAGCCUCACCUCUCCAGGGUACAGCCCCAGUUCACCAGGUUACAGCCCUACUUCCCCAACGUACAGUCCAAGCUCUCCUGGCUACAGUCCAACAAGUCCUGCAUAUUCUCCCACAAGUCCAUCGUAUUCCCCUACCUCACCCAGCUAUAGUCCUACAUCACCCAGUUACAGUCCUACAUCUCCAAGUUAUAGCCCCAGUUCUCCCAGUUACAGCCCUACUUCUCCAGCCUAUAGUCCUACUUCUCCAGUUUAUAGCCCCACAUCUCCUGCAUACAGCCCAACCUCACCAUCUUAUAGCCCUACCUCACCAUCAUACAGCCCAACCUCUCCAUCAUACAGCCCAACUUCACCUUCCUACAGCCCGACCUCUCCAUCAUACAGCCCUAAGUCUCUUGCAUAUAGCCCGACAUCUCCAGGUUACAGCCCAACCUCGCCAAGUUACAGUCCGACGUCUCCAAGCUACAGCCCUACAUCUCCAAGUUACAACUCCCCGUCAGCAAAAUACAGUCCACUGCCAUACUCUCCAAGUAGUCCAAGGCUGUCAGUGUCACCCUCCAGUCCAUAUAGUCAGUCUUCUCCAAAUUACAGUCCAACGUCUCCAACUUAUUCACCAACUUCUCCAUCUUAUUCCCCACCCAGUCCCUCAUACAGUCCCAGCAGUCCUUAUAAUUCUGGUCAGAGUCCAGACUACAGCCCAAGUUCUCCUCAGUACAGUCCAAGUGCUGGGUACUCACCAACCGCGCCAGGCUAUUCGCCUUCAUCAACUAGUCAGUACACCCCACAAUUAAGCAAAAAAAAAUGAAGGAAACACUCGCUGAGGUACAUAUUUUCUGCAGUAGAUAAAAUAACUCACUUGUAGAAGAGUAAAUCUGCUGGUUUUCAAAACUAAGAGAACUGCUAUGUGGAGGAUAUUGGAUAGCUCUAUUCCACAUCCUUUGAUUUGUAUGCUUUUGGAGCCAGGAAGUGAGCCAUCCCUUACAAAGAUUGGGUGGGUGGUUGAUUGAGAGGAAGCUAGUUGUGUAUCUUAUUGUUGUAUCC